AGAAAGGACAGGACUUCAAGACUUCUGCAUUUUGAAACCAAAAGGACCUCUCCUGGCUGCCGCCGAGUUUAUUGACUUCGAUGCGCAUUCGAUCUCAGAUGUCGUCCCGAGCAAAUCCUGCAAAAUAGUCCGCCAGUUCGCUAUUCUCUCCCAUAUAGCUGACUACUACCUUUGUUUACUUCCGCUGAGACCCUGACCUCCGCCUCUAUGCACCUGCAGAUUCAUCUAGCCAACUGGAAAUUGCGCAUAAAACCUUGAUGCCGACCAUCCCAAUGCCUCACGCAGGCAGCCAUGUCCUUGCCCACCACAGAAACUCUGCAGAAGGUUCCGAGCGGUCCCCGUUUUCUCGAGAACAUCGAAGAUCGCAUGAUGUUGAAGCUCAAGAGCACGGCGAGGCGCAUCACGUUCACAUCGAGGACAAUCCGGAAGUGAUGCAGCACAAGCACUCGGAUGAUGGAGAGGACUUUCCUUCACACGGUCUCCACCGUUCGGAUACAGCGAAUACCAAGACCACAAUGAAGUCGCUACGCAGACGGGGCAGGUCAAAUACAAACACCGUGAUAUACGGGGCACCAGACAUGGGCAGAACAACUGGAUGGGCACCUGGAUUGGAACCUGGCAUCAACACGAGCGAACCUGCGCCGCCUUACAGUGAGGGACAUCCGACGUCUGUACACUACGAGACCUUGCAGCAAAGAUGUGAGAUCACGGUGGUGGACUUCAGCAACGAUGCAAUGUCCACCUACGACCUGGAUAAUGAUAAUAUCGAAGAAUUCCUGCAGAAACCCGUGGAACCGUGGGCUGACGUCCGCUGGAUUAAUGUCAAUGGCUUGUCCUGGGAUGUUAUCAGGGUCCUUGGAAACCACAAGCGCCUCCAUCCGCUUGCCAUUGAGGACCUCAUCAACACAAAGAACCGCACCAAGGUCGAUUGGUACAGCGACCACACGUACAUGGUUUUGCCCCUACAAAAGCUCAUCAACCUCGACGAGCAGGAGGAUGACGACUAUUUCGACGACAAUAAGAACGACGACGAUAGUUCCGUCAAGGACCGGGACUCGGAAUAUCAGGCGCGAAUAAUCACAGAAGAGCGCAUGCGCAAACACCCCAGGAAGCGGAAAGGUGCCAUUCUCUCCCUCUGGGAGGACAUCUUCAAGCCCAAAAAGAAACGCCAAUCAGCCAGCGCUGCCGAGUCGUUCAACGAACAAAUAAACCCGUCCAACUUACUGCGCCAUGCCUCCAAGAUCGAAUCACCCUGGGCCCCCCAGAAGGUCCGUACCAUGCAACGCUACCAUUCCGGCCCGAACCAAGACCGCAUCGACUAUAUGGAACGUCAUGCAGUACUCCGGAACCGCGGCAUCGGCGUCUCGAUGGAACAAGUCUCGAUCUUUCUCUGCGUCGAUAACACCGUGAUUUCCUUCUUCGAGUACUCGGCACACGACGUGCAGACGCCCAUCAUCCGCCGUCUGCAAUCCCCAGGGACCAUCCUUCGACAAUCCGCCGACGCGUCCAUGCUCGCGCAGGCCAUCCUCGACGCGAUGAUCGACCUGGCCAUUCCCGUGACAACAGCCUACCAAGACGCCAUAGGCGACCUGGAACUCGACGUGCUCACGGACCCAGACAUCCACGAGUCCAACACACUCUACAUCCUGACCUCCGAGAUCGGCAUCCUCCGCAACGCCAUCGCCCCCGUCGUCCAACUCAUCGGCGCACUCAAGGACCAUAAAUCCGACGCCCAGAGUGCCAGCAUAUAUUCACGCCAGCCCACGCCGUCCGUGGCCUCGGCGGCAAACGGCAACCCCAUGAACACCUCCCAUACUGCCCACAACACCACCACCAAACCGCCCUUCUACAAGAGGCAGUCCAACUUUGCGUCGGGCGUGCAGAUCUCACCCCUCUCCAUCACGUACCUCGGCGACGUCGAGGACCACGCCCUGCUCAUCCAGGACGGCUACGACCAAAUGCGCCGCAGCGCGGACAACCUGGUCGACCUGAUCUUCAACACCGUCUCGGCGUAUCAGAACGAGAGCAUGAAGCAACUGACCAUCGUCACGUGCUUCUUCCUCCCGCUGAGUUUCUUGACGGGCUAUUUCGGCAUGAAUUUCGUGCGCUUCGACGGCGUCCAGCUCCAUAGUGAUGCCUUCUUCUGGAUCAUUGCCGCCCCCGUGAGUACCGUCGUCUUCCUGUUACUCAUGCGCGAUGUCAUGGAACGGUACGUCGUCAGGUGGGCGAAUAAAGCGCUCAUUGCGAGGGGAAGGAGGAGGAGAUUGCAGAAGAGUUGAUUGUGGGCACUCGGGUUUUGAAUGGCCAUAUUUGUACAUGUGUAUAUAUGUGUAUAAUGUUGGAGAGGGUUCUGGCUUGAACUACUCUCAGGUUGAAGUCGUUUCGACAGUGGGUACUACUGUUAGAAUCUCUCGACUUUUUGGGGUCAAAAUACGAAGACGGUUCGAUGUAAAUGGUGAAAUGUAUGUACAGAGAUGUUCAUAUGGGAACUGGAGAGCUUGAGUAAUGAUCAAGCAAGAGAACAUCUAGAGGUAACAAGUUUGGGAGGGGCCGCCCAUAUCAUAAUGUCCAUACAAUCCUGCCUACGC